AGCAAACAGGCAUAGAUAUGAAUCGAAAGCUGAGCUAGACGCAUGACGUGUACGUAUGGGUCCUUCGGACUUCCGGGUGUGCAUAAACAGACGGCAAGCAGAAUUCCCUCUCCGUAAAGAUGUCCAAAGUAACGUUUAAAAUCACCCUGACGUCGGACCCCCGGCUCCCAUACAAAGUACUUAGCGUCCCAGACAGCACGCCAUUCACGGCAGUUUUGAAGUUUGCAGCUGAGGAGUUCAAAGUGCCAUCAGCAACCAGCGCAAUCAUAACUAACGACGGAAUAGGAAUCAACCCUGCCCAGACAGCAGGGAACGUGUUUCUAAAACACGGCUCGGAGCUUCGCAUCAUUCCCAGAGACAGAGUGGGAGGACAGGGAGACUGACGCUGCGUUUCCUCUUCGACGGCUAAAUGACUCACCCACCGCCAGACGCAUAUAACACUUGAGACCCAGGAAACACCUCGGCGUGUUGUCAUAUUUAUUUUCUGGCCCAUAACUGACAGUGACUCACAUGAGGAUUGGUAUAUUUAAACUUGAUGAUGACAUGCACUCACACUUGCAUGCUCCCCUGCUUCUUCAUUCUCAGUCAAGUUUUUUUUUUUUUUUUUUUCCUCAGUGUAGUUGAAUCAAAAGAUCAGAGUGACAUCAGGCGUACCCAGAGGUACUGAGUAAUUAAUACACACAAACACAGCAGAGGCAUCCUGGGAACUAUUUCAUGUCAAGCUAAACAAACAACCGAGUCGACAGUUAGAGCUUUUGUAUCUUUGUAAAUGAAAAUAAACUAUCAGUAUGACUAACAACAACACAUGCCUGUUUGCAGUGUUUGUCUGUAUGACCCUUAUGAAUGUGGUAAUGUGACAGGUGAUUUCAAAAUACAUGUACAACCUGCUUUUAAAGGACCAUUGAUACAGCAAGUGUUAAACGUCAAUAUUAGAUUUUUUUUUUCUUCAUGUCAGACAAACUGUUGGAUAAAUAAAGCUGCAUCAUGGAUCUGUA